ACUUCACUUGGAACUAUUGUACGAACUAACGUUACUCGCGUAACAAAUGAACAGGCAUUGUAUCAACAAUAGUGACAUCAUUUCAACUUUGACCUUAACCCGUGAUGAACACACGCUAGCCCCUACUACUCCAAUGGUACACAAAGAUAAAAGAUGGCGGAGAAAGAGGCAACAGUUCAAAUCAAAGUGAGGAAUAGGAAUGGACAAGAACUGACCUGCGAAAUGUCCAAAGAACUUGCAAAAUUUUUGAAUAAUCCCAAUGGAGAUGCGGAGACAAAGCAAUCCAUUCUGAAACGUAUUUUCGACUCCCAGUCUCAGCCCCAUUCAGAAUCACCUGCCAUGACCACACAAGAUCCUGAGUCACCUGAGUCCCCGACUGCAAAUGCACUUGUUUCUGAACAUGUCAUUCCAUUGCCACAGACUGUUCCUAUGGAAGAUGGUGAUCAAAAGGUUCACAUAUGGGGCGAAAGUGAGGAAAAGCAGCUUAUUUCACUGAGAACAGAUAUGGAUGCGGACUUUCAUAGAAAUAAGAAUCAUGAAACAUUAUGGCAAAAAUUUUUGAAAAAAUGAAUGCUGCAGGAAUUAAGGUUACUAAAAUUCAGAUUUUGAAUAAAUGGAGAAAUUUGAAAAGAAAGUAUAAGGAAACUAUAGACUUAAAUAAAAAAACUGGUAAUGAGAAACAUGAAUUCAAAUACCAAAAUGAAUUUGAUAAUUUGUUUGGACACAAGGCAUCAACAAAAGCAGCAGUGUCAUUUGACAGUGGAGUAAAUGGAGAAGAUAAAAAGAAAGAAACAACUGAUGAUAAACCCGCUCGACCUAAAAAGCGCUCUGCAGAAAACCUGCUGAAUAAAA